AUGCGCCAUCAACAACUCACAAUCCUGCAAGUCAACGUGGAUAAGAGCUGGACGAUCCACGAGGAAGCCCUCCGCCUAGCAGACCACGGACAGUACGAUGUGGUUCUCAUACAAGAACCUUGCUGCGGCAACGACGAAAGAAAUCUUAUUCCCAAGAACAGAAACUACAGGGCCUUUUCACCUACGACGCACUGGCCCACAGAAAAGACAGGCUGGCCUGGUGUACUCACAUACACCCGGAUCCCCUCCAACCUCGAGGUGCAUCAGACGAAGCAUUAUGCUGGCACCGACAUACUCCUGACCCAAGUCAACGACUUACAUAUUAUCAACAUAUACAAUCAUGCGGAUCGGCAGCCAGUUCAACACAUCCUCAGCGAGCCUGCGCCUACUGGCAGAGUCCUGCUCGCCGGGGACUGGAAUACCCGGCACCCAAGCUGGGAACCGGGAUGCACCCCUACUGCACGAGCCGGCGAUCUAGCCUGA